AUGCCGACCAAGCGGCCUCACGACACGAAUGCCGAGCCUCCGUCGCGCAACCUCGGCGCCCCGCGCGUGCCCACCAGCCCUGGCCGCUACGUCACCGGCGGCGGCAUCACGGUCGACUCGAGCGUGACGCCGCUCGGCGACCAGCGGGCCGAGAUUGAUGCCCUCGUCUCGCGGCUCGACUCGGAGCGCGGCUGCAUGUUUGAGUCCUCGUACGAGUUUCCGGGCCGGUAUGCCCGCUGGACGAUGGGCUUCGUCAACCCGCCGCUCUGCUUCGAGGCCUCUGGGCGCACCUUCGCGAUCGAGGCGCUCAACGCGCGCGGAGAGGUGCUCGUCGCGCCCGUGCACGAGGCGCUCUCUCGCUGCGACGCCGUCGAGGCCAUCUCGCUCAGCCAGACGGAGGCCGGAGCCGCCGUGCUGCGCGGCUCCGUCAAGCCGCCGGCUGCCGGCUUCGCAGAGGAGCAGCGCUCGCGGCAGCACUCCAUCUUCUCGCUCGCGGAGCCGAUGCUCGGCUUGUACGGCGCCUUCGGCUACGACCUGACCUUCCAGUUCGAGCCGAUCCGGCCGGCGCAGUCGCGUGUCGCAGGGGCGCGUGACCUGCUCCUCUACCUGCCCGACGAGCUCCUCGUAGUCGACAUCCACACGCGCGGCGCGACUGCGCGGCCCGCCUCGAGACGACUCCUCCCUGAUCCCUCCCUCGACGCUCGCCCGGGCCCUCCUUCCGUAGGCGCGUGGCGCCUCACCUACGAUUUUACGGUCGGCGGCCGCUCCUCCGCCGGCCUGCCUCGCUCCGGCCUCGCGUUGCCAUACGUCCCUCUCCCAGAGGUGGCUCGCGCCAAGAAGGAGUUCGAGGUCGGCAACCUCUUCGAAGUCGUCCUCUCCCAAAACUUCGCCGAGCCCUGCCCUGACCCACCCUCGGCCAUCUUCCGCCGCCUGCGCUCGCGCAACCCCUCGCCCUAUGGGUUCCUCAUCAACCUCGGCCCCGACCGCGGCGUCGACGGCGGCGGCGGCGGCGGGCAGCCCGAGUACCUCGUCGGCGCUUCGCCAGAGAUGUUUGUGCGGGACGCGAAGAACAUCCAGACCAUCCUCGCCGACAAGAAAGAGGAGUCGGAGCUGACGAUGUGCACCGACGUCGACCGCAACGACAAGUCGCGCAUCUGCGAGGCCGGCUCGGUCACCGUCAUCGGCCGCCGGCAGAUCGAGAUGUACUCGCGGCUCAUCCACACGGUGGACCACGUCGAGGGCUACUUGCGCGACGGCUUCGACGCGAUGGACGCCUUCCUCGCGCACACGUGGGCGGUCACCGUCACGGGCGCGCCGAAGCCGUGGGCCAUCCAGUUCGUCGAGGACCACGAGGAGUCGCCGCGCCACUGGUACGGCGGCGCGGUCGGCUGCAUCGGCUUCGACGGAUGCCUGAACACGGGGCUCACGCUGCGGACGGUGCGCAUCGCGGGCGGCUUCGCGCAGGUGCGCGCGGGCGCGACGCUCCUGUACGACUCCGAGCCCGCCGCCGAGGAGAAGGAGACCGAGCUCAAGGCGUCGGCGAUGCGCGACGCCGUCCUGCGGCCCGACCCGCCGCCAGCCUCCCUCGCGCGGAUCCCGGCGGCGGCGUCGUCGUCGGCGCGCGUGGUUCUCGUCGACCACCAGGACUCGUUCGUGCACACGCUCGCAAACUACCUGCGCCAGACCGGCGCCCUCGUCACCACGCUCCGCUUCGGCUUCGAGCCGGCGCAGCUCGACGCGCUGCAGCCCACCCUCGCGGUGCUCUCGCCCGGCCCGGGCAAGCCGGCCGACUUCGACCUGAGCCGCACCAUCGAGCUGAUGCUCGGGCGCAAGGUGCCGCUCUUCGGCGUCUGCCUCGGCCUGCAGGGCAUGGUCGAGCACUUUGGCGGGUCGCUCGGCGUCCUCUCCUACCCGCAGCACGGCAAGCCCGGCUCAGUGCGGCUGACCGCCGCGCCGGGCGACAUCUUCGCCGGCUGCCCCGCCGAGUUCCAGGUGGGGCGGUACCACUCGCUCUACUCGCAGCGCGAGAGCCACCCCGCCUGCCUGCGCAUCACGGCCGAGACCACCGACGGCGUCAUCAUGGGCAUCCAGCACGCGGAGCUGCCGCUCGCCGCCGUGCAGUUCCACCCCGAGUCGAUCCUCACGCGCUCGGACCUCGGCGUCCAGAUGCUCGUCAACGCCGCGAACAAGUUGCGCUUCUGA